AUGCCUGUUGACAUGAAGAUGCGGUGGCAAGACCAGGAAGUCGUCAAAAAGGACGGCAUGUGGACUGUUGCAGGGAGACCAAUGCCCACUGUUGCUCCCGCUUUCCAAGAGUCGCCGUCCAACAUACCAGAUCACUAUUACCUGGGCCUGAAGGUGAACGCACCGGUCAACGCGGCAACACCACCGCAUACCCAUGGCGGCGCGGCAAUCAUAGCCACGAUGACAAAGGGCAAAAUGUUGAACCAAAUGGUCUGUCCGCACCACGAGCCCGACUCGCAAGGCACAGGUCCGAAGAUCUAUUCGGUGGGAGAAAGUUGGUAUGAGCCACCGGGCUGUCACCAUGUGCGAUCGGAAAACGUCGGAGACGACGAGGCCGAAUUCCUUGCAGUGUUUGUCGUUAGUAAACAGAAGGUCGACAACGAAGGGCUGCAGAGCUUGGUUGUGAUAGACGCUGAAGUCGAGGAGAGGAAGCAAGCUCAAUAG